GUUCCCCCUUUCUCCUUCCUCACCACUCACCUUCCUUCUUUGUCUUCUCUUCUUCACUCUCCUUCUCCUACCUCCCUUCCAUGCUUUCUUCUUCUUCUUCUUCUUCACCACUUGCUCUUUAUUCCUUCUCUUAAAUAAAUACACUUCAUAGAUCUGAUUAAAACCUCUUCUUCUUCUUCUUCACUUUUUUUUGUCUUCUGAAAGGAAAAGAAAAAAGAAAGAUCUAAUAGAGAGGUGGUGUUGGGGGGGUUAAAAACUAGAGUUUGGUGGACAAAAUAUGCCAGCCGGGAUCAUGAUUCCGGCAAGACAUAUGCCACCGAUGAUCGGUAGGAAUGGUGGAACUGGUUUUGCUUCUUCUUCUGCACUAUCUCUCGGUCAGUUACAGCCAAACAUGUUGGAAGGACAACAACUCCCACUUCAACACCAGCUUGAGAUGGCACAAACCACCGGAGAAAGUGAGAUGAUUAGAGUUAGAGAAGAAGACUUUGAGAGCAAAUCAGGCAGUGAAAACAUCGAGUGUGCCUCCGGUGACGAUCAAGACCCAAACAAUCGGCCGAAGAAGAAGAGAUAUCAUCGUCACACUCAACAUCAAAUUCAAGAGAUGGAAGCGUUUUUCAAGGAAUGUCCUCAUCCUGAUGACAAGCAAAGGAAGGAGUUGAGCAGGGAGCUUGGACUUGAGCCACUGCAAGUCAAGUUUUGGUUCCAGAACAAGAGAACUCAGAUGAAGACACAACAUGAAAGGCAUGAGAACACACAGCUCCGAACAGAGAACGAAAAGCUCCGGGCUGAGAACUUGAGGUACAAGGAAGCUCUCAGCAAUGCCUCCUGCCCUAAUUGCGGCGGUCCUGCAGCUCUCGGAGAGAUGUCAUUUGAUGAACACCACCUCAGAAUUGAGAAUGCAAGGCUUAGAGAAGAGAUUGAUAGGAUAUCAGGAAUAGCUGCGAAAUAUGUCGGCAAGCCAAUGGUAUCAUACCCGCUGCUAUCACCACCGAUCCCUUCUCGGUCAGGAUUAGAUCUUGGUGUUGGAGGAGGAUUUGGAGUUCAGCCAGGCAUUGGAGGUGAGAUGUUUGGUGGCGGUGAGCUACUAAGGUCUGUAUCGGGACAGCCGGAGAUUGAGAAGCCAAUGGUUAUUGAGCUCGCAGUUGCUGCCAUGGAAGAGCUGAUUAGAAUGGCACAGCUUGGAGAACCACUCUGGACACCUGCAGGACUUGAUAACUCCAUGGAAACUCUGAAUGAAGAGGAGUAUGUGAGAACAUUCCCAAGAGGGAUUGGUCCCAAGCCAUUUGGAUUGAAAUCAGAAGCAUCAAGGGAGACUGCUGUUGUGAUCAUGAACCAUAUCAACCUUGUUGAAAUACUAAUGGAUGUGAAUCAAUGGUCUACUGUGUUCUCUGGCAUUGUCUCGAGGGCAGUAACUUUGGAGGUCUUAUCAACUGGAGUAGCAGGAAACUACAAUGGAGCCUUGCAAGUGAUGUCAGCUGAGUUCCAAGUGCCUUCACCUCUAGUUCCAACAAGAGAGAGUUUGUUUGUGAGGUAUUGCAAGCAACAUUCAGAUGGAACUUGGGCAGUGGUUGAUGUAUCACUUGACAGCUUGCGCCCGAGUCCGGUCCUUCGAUGCCGAAGAAGGCCAUCAGGUUGUUUGAUCCAAGAGAUGCCCAAUGGCUACUCAAAGGUUAUAUGGGUUGAACAUGUAGAAGUGGAUGAUAGAUCAGUUCACAAUAUAUAUAGAUCACUGGUUAACUCAGGCCUUGCAUUUGGUGCUAAAAGAUGGGUGGCUACUUUGGAUAGACAAUGUGAACGCCUUGCAAGUGUGAUGGCUAGCAACAUUCCUUCCGGUGAUAUCGGAGUGAUAACAACACCAGAAGGGAGGAAAAGUAUGUUGAAGUUGGCUGAGAGAAUGGUUAUAAGCUUUUGUGGGGGUGUCACUGCUUCAACAACUCAUCAAUGGACUACUCUCUCAGGAAGCAGUGCAGAAGAUGUUAGAGUGAUGACUCGAAAGAGUGUUGAUGAUCCCGGCCGCCCACCUGGGAUCGUCUUGAAUGCUGCUACUUCCUUCUGGCUGCCUGUUCCUCCAAAGCGGGUUUUCGAUUUCCUUAGAGAUGAGAGCUCUCGCAGCGAGGUACACCACCACCACCACCACCACCAGUGUUACUGCAACUAUUACUAUUCUUUAUUGAUCGAUCAAGCUCCUUCUCUUAUUGAUUUAUUUAUGUAUAUAUAUAUAUAUAUAUAUUUGGUGCAGUGGGAUAUACUCUCAAAUGGAGGUGUGGUACAAGAAAUGGCGCACAUAGCAAAUGGCAGAGAUCAUGGAAAUUGUGUAUCUCUUCUUCGAGUAAACAGCGCGAACUCGAACCAAAGCAAUAUGCUGAUACUGCAAGAGAGCUGCACCGAUUCGACAGGCUCGUAUGUGAUAUAUGCACCGGUAGAUGUCGUGGCGAUGAAUGUGGUAUUGAAUGGAGGGGAUCCAGACUAUGUGGCUCUUCUUCCAUCAGGGUUUGCAAUUCUGCCAGAUGGUCCUCAUGGAGUAGAAGCAGGAGGGAUUGGUGAGGUUGGCUCUGGAGGUUCAUUACUCACUGUUGCAUUCCAAAUCCUUGUGGAUUCAGUGCCAACAGCCAAGCUCUCUCUUGGUUCAGUUGCUACUGUUAAUAGCCUUAUUGCUUGCACUGUGGAAAGGAUCAAGGCUGCUGUUUCCGGGGAAACUGGAGGCCAGUGAAUAACGACGGUAUAUAUGAGAUGGAAAAAGGAGGGACUGGGACUCUAGGGAGUGGUUUUUAUUUGGUGUGGGAAGUCAAGAACGCACCUUAGAUUCUUCUUGUUUUUGUGGUACUUUGCUUUCUUGUGGAUCUCUCUGAAGAGGAGGAUUUGGGAAGCAGAGGAAACUUCAUGGCAAGGGUGUUGGUUCGGGUAUUGACUUUCCCUCUUUGGAGCUUUGGUACUCUUUUAUCUCUUUUCUCAAUCUAUCUAUGUCUCUCUUCUGUUAUUUUAUUUUUAUUUUUAUUUUUCUUUUUAUUACUUAGGGUUUUGUACUUUGAUUGUGAUAAGCAAAGACUGUUUCUAUGUGGGUCUUGCUUUUUGUUGUUUGUUUGUUUGCUUGUCAACCUCAGUUCUACUUGAUCAUGUUGUUAUGUAUGUGUCUCUUUUAUGUGAA